AUGCUGUCCAACCCGCUGCAGCGGUACUCUCCUUAUCACAACCCGGCUGUUGUCGCACCGGUUGGCGCGCCGGUUGCUGUCACCGGGCCGCCGCCCUCGGCCUACAACACGCAGCUUGCACAGGCUCAUCUCCAAACGGAAAGCUUUGGGGGCUUCAGGCAAGACCAUGGCUAUGGAUUUCAACCGCCGCCACCCUUGGACCGGGAGAUGGCCGGUACCAGCCCGCCCAUGGGCCCUCCUAUGCCUCACUCGAAGCCCAAGCAUUACCACGCCAGCGGCCCCGGAGGUAGGUCCUCGACAGCCUCGGCGCCCAUCAGGCGGCGCAUCAGCCGUGCCUGCGAUCAGUGCAACCAGCUUCGGACGAAGUGCGAUGGACGACACCCUUGCGCCCACUGCAUUGAGCUCAACCUAAGUUGUGAGUAUAUGCGCGAAAAGAAGAAGCGAGGCAAGGCGUCUCGCAAGGACCUCGCCGAGAGGGCUGCUGCUCAGGCCGCGGCUGUGGCUGGUCAAGGUGGUGAUGCAAACAAAGCCCAUGGUUCCAAUGACCAAGGGGACUCGGUCAUCCACGCCAGUCACGGCAGCGACGCGUCGACAGGCACGCGGCACGCAAACGAUUCUGACUUUCAAACGCGCCAAACCACUGUGUCUAGUGACAUGUCGGAUCAGUCUCACCUCGCUGAAGACACUGCUGCGGAGAGGGACGAAAUGGAGAGCAACCAGGCGAUCGACCUCAACGGUUAUGGAAGACUCUCCACUGGGUACGAACGGCAUGGCAUGGGUACUAGCAUGAUGGGGAGCCCAAGCUACUCCAACGACCCUAACCAUAAUAUGCCAGGGUAUCCGUUAUCUUUCGGGCUGCUGCCACAAAGUCCAGCUGCUUUCAACGGCCCCGGAUAUCGCAUGGGAAACAGCCCGCUUACCGGAUACCAGCUGACCGGAGGGGCAUCUCCCGGCUGGGGUGUCGGAAUAACGUCACCUUCUGGGCAAUUCCAGGCGCAACCACCCCAGCAUCAGGUCCAGCACAAGGCCUUGGGCCACGCUGGCCUUCGAUAUCCCGUCCUGGAACCGCUCGCACCGCACUUGGGCAACAUUGUUCCCUUUAAUCUCGCCUGUGACUUGCUCGAUCUUUACUUCUCGUCAUCAUCGUCUGCCCAGAUGCACCCAAUGUCGCCAUAUGUGCUGGGGUUUGUGUUCCGGAAGAGGGCCAUUCUCCAUCCAACUCGGCCACGGAAAUGUCAGCCAGCCCUACUGGCUAGCAUGCUCUGGGUGGCUGCGCAAACAAGCGAUGCUUCUUUGCUGACCAGCUCUCCAACAGCGAGGGCUCAGAUCUGCCAGAAGCUUUUGGAUUUGACAGUCAGAUUUCUCAAGCCUCUGAUUCAUACUCCGAUGGGAGAGACCCUACUGACUACUGGUAAUGCGAGCAUCGGAGCAGUGGGAAUGGCCGGCUUGGGCGCUGCGAUGCCAGGAUCGUUGGGCGUUGACGGCCUCUCAGGGGAAGCAGGGUCGUUCGGGGCAGCGGGUCAGCUCGACGACGUUGCAACGUACAUCCACCUGGCCACGGUAGUCUCCGCCAGCGAGUACAAGGGCGCCAGUGUGAGGUGGUGGAACAUCGCAUGGUCGCUUGCUCGCGAGCUCAAACUCGGACGAGAGCUCCCAACUGGCCACAUACCCCCGAACGCUGAACGAAACGAGACGGGUCAUGAUGGCGGCAUCGAGGACCAUGACAUCUACCGGAGCAUACCGGGCUUUGUGACGGAGGAGGAGCGAGAAGAGCGCCGGCGGAUCUGGUGGCUGCUCUACACCGUUGACAGGCACCUGGCUCUCUGCUACAACCGACCAAUGUUUCUCCUUGACAUUGAAUGCGAGAGCCUGUUGCAGCCCUUGGACGAUAACAUCUGGCAAAAGGGAGACUUUUCCACGUUUUUAGACAACAACCGCGACCAGGGCGCGCUCGGUCCCGGCUCCCAAGGUUUUGGUGCUCAGGGUGCUCGGCUCGCGGGACCACAGUUCGAGUGUCGUGGCCAUAGUAUCUUUGGCUACUUCCUCCCACUCAUGACUAUACUAGGCGAAGUCGUCGACUUGCAUCACGCCAAGAAUCACCCUCGUUUCGGCAUCGACUUCCGGGCUGCUCACGAAUGGGAUGCCCAGGCGGAAGAGAUUCGCCGCCACCUCGAGGUAUACGAGCAAAGCCUCAAGAGGUUUGAGGGGCAGUUUUUGCCACGACAAUCGGACGGUGGCAAGGUGGAUCCUGGUCGAGCCGAUGGCGAUAUGACGAGAAUGAACGACACGAGCAGUCCAUCAGCGCAAUCGGUAUACACCAAUGCCUCGAAUCGCAUGACAGAGAAUGAGAUCCAAGCCCGGAUAACAGUGGCGUACGGAACACACGUUAUGCAUGUGCUUCAUAUUUUGCUUAGCGACAAGUGGGAUCCGAUCAGUCUCCUUGACGACAACGACUUGUGGAUUUCAAGUCAGGCCUUUAUCACAGCAACGGGACAUGCGGUUUCGGCAGCAGAUGCGAUUGCACAAAUACUCGAGUUUGAUCCCGGCCUGGAAUUCAUGCCUUUCUUCUUCGGCGUUUAUCUCUUGCAAGGAUCGUUUUUGUUGCUGUUGAUUGCGGACAAGCUGCAAUUCGAGGCGUCGCCGAAUGUCAUUAGGGCAUGCGAGAUUAUUGUGCGAGCUCACGAAGCGUGCGUGGUUACGCUCAACACUGAGUAUCAGCGUAAUUUCAGCAAGGUUAUGCGAAGUGCUUUGGCUGUUGUUCGUGGGCGGGUACCCCAAGAUCUCGGUGAGCAGCAUCAACGGCGGAGAGAACUCCUCGGACUGUACCGAUGGACUGGCGGGGGGACGGGUCUCGCCCUCUGA